AUGACUGGCAAAGUCCAGGGCUCAAAUCGUCACAACAAGCGCGCUCGCUAUGAAGACAUAGACGUCUCCGUCUCCAACGGCCAACGCAUCUCAAAGCCCGAGGACCGGGCAAAAUCGUCAUCCGGAGACGACGUCGAGGCUGCGCAAACCUCGCCGGUCAUGCCAGCAUCCCCGUAUGACCAGCUCACCCAGUUCGACCAGCUCACCCAGCUCUCUCAGCUUUUGUCUCCCCAAGCGACCACCAUCGACGACACCACGGACCUUGAACGCGUACCACUUUCGUCUCUGCCGGAGCAGGUGCCAUCCAUGCCAUGGCUCAACCAGGAAACCCCCCACGAUGACUUUUUCGGGAUCGACGAGAGUCUCCUGGAACCUUGCCAUGAAGACCGACCGGGGAGCCAGCAGUCCUCUAGGCAUCAAGAUGAUUGGGAGCCUCCGCGUCAAGACGCUGUACAAAGUCAUGUAAGACGGACGACGCGGCAGGAUGACUCGGAACUCGGCAGCAGAAGCCCCAGUCGAAAGCUUGGCGGCUCGACUACGCCAGAGACCCAGCCAAACUUGAGAGAGGCACCGAUCACCUGGCGGAGACUGCCGCUGAACGGCGUUCACCUGCUGGAGCAGCUAUGUAGGCGGGAGGAACAUCCGCACCUACGACCAGACCUGACCAUGGCCAGAAACAAGUCGGUCAUUUGCGGGUUGACGAAGGUGCUCGCGGACAUUGACCAGUGGGAAAGAAGCGGAUCGGACCUCAUGCUGUGCACGCUUUUUAUGCACGCUGUUGUCAACUCGUACCGACAACUUUACAAUUCAUGGUCGCAGACCGGGUUUGGCCGGGCUACUCCGGGCGGGGGCAGCGGCGGCGGCAGCAGGGAGGCUGUGGCACAUCUCCAGAUCCCCGGCAUCGGUUUCGGCUUCGGCACUUUCGAGAUAGACGCGAAGUCGCAGAGGGGGCUGUUCAAGCAGGUCUUUAUUGGGGAAAUCGAUAAGACUAUGAUGCUCUGGACCAAGAUAUGGGCUGCUGUGGUGAGCCAGCAGCUCAAUGGCCAGGAGGCGGCCGGUGGUACACUGAAAAGAAUGCGGACUGAGAUGAGUCGCACUGAAAGAGAUUAG